CUAUAUAAAGCAGUACGCUUUUGCAUGGUGCUCCGAAUAGUUCGCUGAGGUAACCAGAUUGCAAGCUUUGCUUUUUGACUUUAUGGAGAUAAGGCUAAUCAGUUCAAUGUGAAGUAUUUAUGUGAGAUAAUCAGUCCCGAUCACGCGAUUAGAUGUCGUGGUGAAUAUCUCGACAGACUAUUUCCCGCAGCCACAAACUUCAAAUACCUUCGGAAGGUGAAAGCCACGGCCCACUUUCAAUGAAUUUUAGUUUAGCAACACGGCCAAAAAUCUGUGACACAAAGUUGAGUCACUGCACGUCUACCCAGCGCGCCUUUAAUGCCAAUACUGAAAGCGGCUUAGGGUCGAAACCAGAAAUAUAGAUGCAUACUUCAUUAGCGCGUUAUUCCAGUCCUCGUCAUUUUAUUGACCAACGCCGCAAUCUUGAAAAAAAAGCUCCUCUUAUCAUUAGUACAUUAAUGCCAGAUUCGAUUGUCGGAAAUUGCAGUUAUCAUAUUCGAAUUCGAAACCAGUCCCAACAGUCGGGCAGCCAUGUCGUCACCCGCAGACAUCAAUUAAACGCAACUGGCCCUGAUGACCCUCACUUUUUAAUUCAUUGUUUGGGCUUGUGCUCGACCUCAGCGCACUCGAAGUACCGACUUAUUGUCAACUACCAACGCGGCCUUGACGAUUUCGAUUCUUGUUGAGGCGCGCGCCGACUUCGCUUCGGGUGCUGCCGCGAGUGGUUAUCGGGGUUCUUCGUACAGAAACGCCGACCGUGAGAUCUAUCGUGGCAGCUGUGGAACUAUACACAGUUUGCACUGGUUUGAAAUACUUUCUUUUUGUUUCUUACGCUUCUGAAUCCUAUUGUACUCACGACUUAGUGCCUUUUUGACCUUACAGAAAUCUACGUUAACCCGUGCAUCAAUUUUCUUCAGAGUCGCAUCAUACCCUAGCAAAAGCUUCCCAGAAAGAAAAUCGUACGCCUAUCUUCUGUGAUCUCACCUCGCACAAAAAAGGCACGUCCAACGGUCGUCAAACUUAAAGAUCCUCAGUGACUCAGCAGUCAAGGACGACUAGGUCGAGAACAACAUCUUUGCAAUGAUUGCCACCUCUUUGAGAUAAGCGGUCUUCCUCUGGCUUGAAUACCACUGCCUUAAGAUCAGCGAACUUCCGAUCUGUAGUCUGGCCGUCUUGUCUUAUGGUUAAUGAGCAAUUCGUGGCGAGCGCCAUACACACGAAAUAGUCCUCGUUGGUGAAAGUUUUACUGUUGCUUGUCAUGCUCGUAAUCUCUAAGAGUUGGUGGGAUACAAUAAAAGUGAGUACCAAAAAUUGUAACGACCGAACACCUGAAACUCAUCCUGAUACUGCUGCGGCUCUUGUUUGUCCAUGUCAUUUAGUGGCUCUGUGUGUAUCACAACGAGACACGAUACAACUUAACCUCGCAACAAACAACAUCUUCCAUAAUUUGCCGUCCAUAUUCAAUGGAUGCUUUCGGCAGAGACUUUAUCGACUACAAGAACAAAGUUUUUUAUGUGAAACAAUUGCACUUAUUGUAAUCCUCAGAAUUACAAGUAAUCUGCUUUCAAAAUUUCCUUUCAGGCCAUUCUUGUUAUUUCCUAAGCAUUAUUCUCGCCGCCUUUAUUUGCGCGUCAGCAGCCAAAAUCACUGGGUGCACCAACGGUGCGUAUUUACUCAUUUUUUAAGCCGAAACGUCGUCCUCAACGUGGCAGGCUCAGCAACAACAGUCUAUUGUUUGUAGAUUGUAAACAUCCGCUUUAGCUUCGCAUUUUGGUUCAUACUGCGAGGCAAAGUCUACAGGAGCUACGAUUUCACCUCGGGCGCAAGUAAAGUUUUGCGCAAAUCGACCCGAAGAUCGACGUUUUGGGUUGUCGCGACGAUUGUUAGUGUUCCCUCGUAGAUCUACAGAAUUCACCUCGAGUUUAAGUUCCUGAACCCUUGAUCGUCGUUUUUGUUGCAAGUCUCGUCGAUCGCAAAAGUAUGACCAACACCUGGACUUUCGCUAGUUUUUUUAGGCGCUUGCUUGGCUCCGCGCUAUGUCCUCAUUCACGUCGACAGUUGCAAUAUUGAAAAGCAACUUUUCAGGAAAAGUCAUUAUCAUGCCUUUCUGAUUAGGACUUAGAGUACUGAAAGAACCAAUUUGCGGAAAUUUACCAUUCUAAUUGUUGCGGCUGUCGGCGGCGGAAUUUUGAUGAUGAUCACACUGCAUUAUGUGCUGCAGCUCGGUCAACUUGUUAUUGCACAGGCUUG